AUGGCAUCUACAGCAGACAACGUCUACGAGUUCUACCGGCCCUCGAGAGCAUUAGCGCUUGUCGGUUGUGUAGUCUUUGCAGUUCUUAGUGUUGUUCACUUAUGGAACAUCCUUAAGGAUCGAAGAUGGUUCUGUUUUACUCUUAUCUUCGGAGGACUCUUUGAGAUCGCGGGUCUUGGUGCGAGGUUUUACUCGGCGGGCCAUUUACGAGACCAGGAAUCUUACGGCACGCAAACACUCCUUAUCCUCCUGGCGCCCAUCUUCUUCUCCGCAGCGAUCUACAUGCUCCUCGGCCGAGUAAUCAGAGCCUCCAGCCAUCCCGACCUUUCUAUCAUCCGAACAGUAUGGCUUUCGAAGUUCUUUGUGGUAUCCGAUGUCUUGUGUUUCGUCGUUCAAGCUUGCGGUGCAGGAAUGCUUGUCAACGCUAAUAAUACCGCUGAUCAGAACAAUGGAGAGAAUGUCAUUCUUGCUGGGCUAGCGCUUCAGGUUGUCGUGUUGGUCAUCUUCCUUGUUUGUACGGGGGUAUUUCAUGCGCGACUUGCGAAAGGAGGACUCAUAGGGGCGAUUAAUCCUUAUCUCCUAUUGGGCACAAUGCUCAGUGAGCUAUAUAUCUGUGCGAUACUGAUUCUAUUCCGAAAUGUUUUCCGACUGGUUGAGUUCGGACUUGGGGACGAUGAGUAUUUACAGGCGCAUGAAUGGCCGAUUUACGUCUUUGAUAUUCUCUUCAUGGCUAUCGUUAUGGCGUUGGGAUUGAGUUGGUACCCAGCCGAUCUGCAGCUUCAUCAUGAUCCUUAUAGACAACGACCAAUGACCAGCACGGCUUAG